AUGCCCACCACGCCGCGCAAUACCUCCGGCGGUGGAGCGACCGGUGCGUCGUCAAGCGCUGUGCGACCAGCCCCCAUGAAGAGACAGAGCUCUCAAUCGUCGCACUCCUCCGCCAGGAACGCCAUCACCAGCCCCGGAUCCGUCGGCGAAGAUCGACCUCUGAGGCAUCAUGUGAAGCCUGCGCGACACACAAAGAUCAUCCUCCCGCGCAAUCACAGCAGCGCGCGCAAUUUGGCCAAGCUCAAUCGGCAGUCACAGAAUGCCGACGACGGGCGUAAGCAUGCGCGACAGCGGUCGCACGAAGGCGACACAGAGAUACGCUUGCCAGGUAGCUUGGGGGAGAGCGAGCCCGCGAUGAAGCCGUCUAUGAGGAGGAAUAUGACCUCUUACCAGCUACCGCGCAAUGCUUCACAUGCAAAGCUGAAGAAGAACCUGUCCCAUGGCCAGCUUACUAGGCUAGGAUCUGGCAGGAAUCUUGCGGCCUUGAAUCCUGCUGCACAGCGAGCGCCGACGUCACCGCACUUGAAGGGAAGGAGCAAGAGGUCAAAGUCGGCAGAAAUGACAGACGUGGAGAAGAGCUUGCAGGAGAAGGAGGUAGCGCUGCAUCGGCAACCGCUGGAGCGGAAAGGGUCGAAUAGAAAGAUCGGCUUCGCAGUCGGGAGUGCUGGCGACGAUUACGACGAUGAAGGCGAUGCGCAGAUGGAGGGGAGUGGGCUGCAAGAAGAUGAAUGGACAGAGGAGAGUGCGAGCGCGAGUCCGUACAGUACUCGACAGAACACGGCAAACAACUCGAGAAGGACAAGUGCGAUCCUGGACAGGACGCAGGAAAAGCUUCCGGGCCCGCUCUCGCAAGACACGAAGACAAAAUAUACAACUCCAGCAUCUCAAUCGGCUCCUCAACCUGUUAUCGAAGAGAGCGAUGAUUCAGAUGAGGCAACCAGUCCACUAUCAAUUGGCCAGCUAAGAAAGAAGCCCUCCACGGGUGCGAAAGAGGAGAGCUCCAGGCGCUCUGAGCCAGAGGCUUCCGCUACAAAGUCUUUGCAAGAACCUGAGCCAUCGAAGGGAAAGGAAAGAGAACAAGCUGCACAAUCCCAGACAAGAACCAGUCCUUUAAGUCAGGCUAGGGUGCAUCCUAACCCAGCCACCAGACGCCUGCUCAACAAAAGCCAACAACUUUCUGCACCUGCUCUGGUCAGCAAUGUGAGCGCGCUUGAUGACGCUCACAGCAGCCGAGGCUCACCAGCUCCGUCAAUGCGCUCCUCACGGUCCAAUUUAGGGGAUGGAAUGGAUGCAGGACAAGAAGACGAACUCGUGUCACGCUUCGUAGCAAGUGCCUCUCACCCUUCCAUGACAAGUGGUACCAACACUGCGACGAGUACACCGAAGCAGACCGGGUUUCACGCCCCUGAGGAAGACAGUACUCUUGCGGCACAGCGGAGAGAAAGGUCUGGGUUUCAGAUUGGACCUUCGAGUCCCGGCUCGAUAUCAGCUGGAUCUUCUGGUACCAAUACGCCCGCCCUGGGACGCUCAAGAACGGAGCUUCGCAUGUUGCAGGAAAAGGCAAUGGCUGACAUGGAAUCUGCUGCGGACCAAAGACCUCAUCUCCCAGCUCAUGUCUACGAUCGCCGCAACGAAUCUCUUAAAUCCUACCUCCACUUGAACAAUCUCGGCGAGGGGCGGACCGGGACGGCGAGGACGACGGCGACUCCAGUAGCGAUGGGCCCGGAUGUCUUCCAAGGCAGAUUUCGAGCGCUCAACACCGAACUUCGGGUAGUGCAGAAAUUUCGCGAUCCAAUUGGAGAGGCAGUUGCUCGGCUCAGGUGUUGCAAAGGCAGUAGACUGAAUCAGCGGACUGCGGCACAGCAGAAGCACGCUGCAGCUGGGCUUCCGACGAGCAAGAGCGCAGUGUCACUACCGGCACAGCGUACUCAGAGAGCUGGGGACUUGUCCAAGUCCGCCUCUCCGCCCAAGUCUGCAAUUGACUUGAAGAAGAAUGUACACGUGGCUACGGCGCCUGAACGGCAAAAGCAGAGGAGAGAAGUCAGCUUUGCGAGGGCGCCGCAGACGAGAGAAUACACCCCGAGUGGGGACGAGUUGAGCCCGGAUGCGAUAGCGAGGCAGCUCUGGGAGUCGAUUUGA